AGAAUAACCAUAUUACACAUAUAACUAAAUGACAUAUGACUGAACAAAAUCUGAAAGAUUUCCUCAGAAGUGUUGUAGCUUUUAUACAUCUGCUGUUUUGAUUUUGACUAUGUACAUUUGCAGUGAAUUCCCACAUCAACAGAAGAGAAAUUUUUUUUUUUUUUAAUUGGUGUGUAGAUAUAUUAUUUUCUUGGUUAUGCCUACAGAUUUCUGCAAACCAGCCUAUGUCCUCAGGCAUAACUCCAAGUUUUGUAGUGGUCAUUUAGGAGAAGUGCUAUUUUUGCUGAAGACUUCUUGCAGACUAUGACACUGUCCAAGUACUUCUUAGCAUUUUGUUAUUAGUUUUGGACACCUGCUAAGAGUUGUUCACAUGUUCAAAAUCUAUGGAGUCCCUACUGUCCACCAAAAACUGGGAUAUACUGACAGGAGAACUCGGGCCUGACAACAUUUCCCACAUGCUUUUCUUGUACGCAUGCAAAGAGAGCAUCUCUUUGUGAAGUCCUUGUUUGGUUCCUAAAGGUUCAAAACAAUUUCUGUGACACUUUCUCUAGUAGAGGUACAAGCUUUAUUUUAGCUAGUAAAACUAUGUCCUAUUUUUGCAAUAUCUCAAUAAAUUAGAGUGUUUUUUGACUAGUGAAAACAGGUCUGCUGACAAUUCCUCCCCCAUGAAUACCACACUUUGGAAAAUAACCAAACAUUGAAUCUAAAUACCAGGCACAAACCAAAGGUGAUAAGAUCUUCAGAACUGGCAGGAGCCGUGAGUGCCAGCACUUCCCCUCGCUCUGCUCUGUGUACUUUGCCAGCUGCAGCAUUUAUAGCCACAUCCUUGAUCCCAAAUAGCCAUCUCCACCAUCAGCACUACUUGUUAGCUUAUGGAAAAACGUGGCAUGCAGCAGUCUAUUUCAUGGACUGUUUAGUAUGCCAGCAUAGUCACAUGUUUAGGAUAAAACAUGCUGCAUCAUUUUUGCCAGCCCAGUUCCCUCACUCUUUCCUGAGCACAUGCAGAUAAUCAGUCAUCCAGGAGUAGUAUUUUCCCAAAAACAUGCUACAAAGAUGCUACCAACCUUCCUAACUUGCUUUUAAAGUUUAUUUUAUGCCCUCACUACUUCUCAUCUUUCCUUUUUCUCCUGGACUCGUUUUCCCUGAGAGUGGUCUGAUUUUUCCUUUUUUCCCCCCAUAACUCUAAUGGAAGCAGGUUAUGUGCAAGCCCCAUUUUGCAGUGUGUUUUUGGUAUGGUUUUGGCAUGCCACGGUAUCUGGCAUCAUGGACUUUUGUUUUGUCCUUGUGUUGAGUGAGAAACAUGGAGAACCAUUGUCCCACUGCAGACCAGAGCUGCACAGCUUUGCUUCAGCACAAGGAAGAUUUUCAUGCCUCUGAAACAUAAAUAUUAAAAACAGACACUUAGCACUGCUUAUUGAGAACAUUUAUGUGCACAAAGGACACACAGCAGGAUUAGCAUGCAGACAAUGGCUGCUUGAUGCUCUUUCAUGGUCACAAGGUCCAUCUGCUACCCUGCUGUGUACUAACCCAUGCCUAGGGCAUACAUUCCUCCAGCCAGUGUGCAGAGAUAGAAAAGGAAAAGUAAUAUCCCCCUGUGCUGCCUCCCUGUGGGGGUGACAAAAGUUUAUCCCUUGACUUCGCCAAUCCAGACUUUCUUAAAUUAGUCAGCAGUGUGCACUGCGAAUAUUCCAUCACUAAAAUAAAGAGUAACCCCCUCCAACACAAUUCAGAUCGCAUUUCCAUCUAACUCCUACUCUUGACUGGGUAUGAUUUCGAGACAAAUAGAUGGAAAGCUUCCUGCUGCUUCUUGAUUCAUUCACCAACAUGGAGAAUUUCUAGAACAUUUUAUUCAAUACAGAAAUAAGGAAUAACAGUGUGAGUGGAUUUAAAACUCACUCUGAGGGUAUCUGAGCACUAGCAUGUUCUAGAGACAGAACCAGUGCAUUUUAUGAUUCAGUUUCCUUUUCCAUGCAUGGAAAACGCGCUCUGACACAAAGCAAAAGUGUAUCAGAGACCAGACGCUUUCCCAGCUACAGCAGCUUCAGCAAAUGGUUCACUAAGCAGAGCUUUGCUGUGAGAAGAGGUUGCUGUGAUAGGAGGCUCAGUGGUUUUUGGUUUGCCUCCUACAAGCAUUCCUAGCUAGAUCUGCUCAUUGCUUCCUACAUCCAUUUCUGGACAAGUGCACCCCUGCAAAGCAAAUCUGUUAAUCAUUCUCAAAAUGAGUAAGUGCUGCUUAUGCUGCUGCUCUCUUUCCCCCUCUCUGAUUGCUGGUCACAAAACUCGUAGGGACACCUAUUACUGUCAGACUGCCAGAAAUAAUGGAACACAGGAGACGUUCCUGAUGUGGUGAAACAUCAAGAAACACAGAGGAAAAACUAAAAAUAUAUAUAGAACCAUAAGGUGAGAAGACGAAGGGUGUCCUCUCAGGGAAGACACAGUCAUAAGCUCACUGAGUAACCAUGUGUUGUACAUUUCAAAGCAGCACAAUACUGUCACGGCCUCCCAUAAUCUCAGUGACAUAAAGGAAAAAGUCACCUACCCUCUGAAAUCCUAACAAUCCAGUACUCUGGAAAGCUAUCCAGGAACAAGGGCUUCCUCUGAACAUUUCAGGAAAGAUCCUACAAGAAGCAGAGGAAGUGCAUGGCAGCAGAAGCACGAGGCUGAGCCAGCUCUAGAGAGCAGCCCGAAGGACCGCGGGAGGCCUGGGGAUGCUACAGAUGGUGGUGACAGCGAUAGCGCAGCACCGGGAGAUGCCCAGAGGCUAAACUGGCUGUUGAGGCAGCAAAAGAAGUUCGCUUCCUGCUGAGAUUCCCAUUGGCUGGGGCAGGAGUUCUCAGGCCAGGCAGAGCAGGCUCUGCUGGUAUAUCUAGCGGCAGCGCUCCUGGGCGGGCAGAGGUGAGGACUCGCACUGGUGGUCUGUCCCCACUGCACAAUGGAUCUCAAGAGGUUCCUGGUCUUCGCUGCAUUUCUGCUUCACGCUACUCUGGGCUUCCCUAUCCAGGAGAACUAUGAAAACAGCACAGCAACAACAGAACCUACUGAGGUUACUACACAAGAGGAUAUAUAUGAAUCUCCUUUGCCUACAGAGACUGAUGAGGAGGACGAAGAUAUUUUUGACAAAAUUCUGAAAGUUAACAAAGACAGCUCUCAGUUCCUGCAGGAAGGUGACAUAGUUCCCCGAAGGAGUCGCAGUGCCAUCAACUGUCGCCAUUGCAACUGGCCCCAGUCCAGUGAUGGGAUUGUUCGUAUUCCCUAUGUGUUGGAUCCUACUUAUGAGGAGAGUCAUGUAAAAGGGAUUCAUGAUGCCAUGGCAGAGUUUGAAGCACUUACUUGUAUUAAUUUUGUGAAGCGCAAGGCAGAACGUGACUACCUCAGUAUUAGAUCUGCUGAUGGCUGCUGGUCCAAUUAUGGGAGAGUAGGAGGUGGACAGACUGUCUCUGUGAUGAAAGGAGGCUGCAUGUGGAAAGGAGUAAUUCAGCAUGAACUGGAGCAUGCUCUGGGCUUUUUGCAUGAACACUCUCGAAGUGACAGAGAUAAACAUGUAAAGAUCAUGUGGGAGUACAUCAGUCCUGCUGACAGACCAGACUUCAAGAAAUUCGAAAACUCCAACAACCUGGGUCUUCCCUAUGACUACUCCUCAGUAAUGCACUAUGGCCCAUACACAUUCACCAAUACCACUGGGAAAGCAACUAUUGUACCCAUUCCUGAUGGAUCAGUACAUAUUGGACAGAGACAGGGGAUGAGCAACUUGGAUGUGGCCAAAAUCAACAAACUUUACAACUGCAGUCGCUGUAGCACUAUUCUUGAUGGACCUUCUGGGUCACUGACAUCUGCCAACCACCCAAAGAAUUAUUCAGAUAAUACCAACUGUGUCUGGCUCCUCCGAACCCGAUCCAGAAAGGUUUCCCUGCACUUUCAAGCCUUUCAGCUGCAGAAAACUAGAGGCUGUCAGGGUGACUAUGUUAAAGUUUAUGAUGGAUCCAGCAAGUCUUCUCCAGUUCUAAUGGACAAGACCUGUGGAUCAAAGAUACCCAAUGACAUAGUUGCUUCUAGUAAUCUUAUGCUCGUAGAGUUCAUCACAGAUGGUGCCCAUACAGCUUCUGGUUUCCAAGCCACCUUUACUGCUGUGAGGAGCCAAAGAUCAAGCAUCCACAACUGACGUAAUGAAGAAGAACCUAUUCUGUGAAUAUUGCAAUUAUAUGUUUCCUACUUUGUUCCUAUCCUGGCUUGGAUCAGUAUGAAAUUUAAUUCUAUUAAGAAUCAAAGUUUUCAUCUUCCUGAAAAAGUUUAUUCCCCAAGCCAUACAAAUGUAAAAAUUCUAGACAUCUGGUGUGUCCCUCCUUUUGUCUGCACAGUUAAGUUAUUAUUAAACAAUUGAA